AGGAGGAGUGGUAGCACCCGAGGCAGGGGGAGUGACGGGACAUGUUGUACACAGGGGCAAAAGGACUGGGUCUCAUACACAGGGGUAAGGAUUGUGACACUGUGUGACAGACCCUCAGGGGGAGUGACAGAAGAAUCCAUACACAGAUAGAGUGUAGUGACAGAGGGACACAUAGGUAGAGUGCAGUGACAGAGGGACACAUAGGUAGAGUGCAGUGACAGAGGGUCACAUAGGUAGAGUGCAGUGACAGAGGGUCACAUAGGUAGAGUGCAGUGACAGAGGGACACAUAGGUAGAGUGCAGUGACAGAGGGUCACAUAGGUAGAGUGCAGUGACAGAGGGACACAUAGGUAGAGUGCAGUGACAGAGGGACACAUAGGUAGAGUGCAGUGACAGAGGGUCACAUAGGUAGAGUGCAGUGACAGAGGGACACAUAGGAAGAGAGGCCACUGAGAUAGGGACACUUGAGAUAUAUUAGUGCCCCUUAGUCACAGGAGUAGGUGACAGGGAGGUCCACACUGUGAAUAGGAGUGGGCUACUCAGUGACAAGGAGGAGAGGCCUUCACAGUGACAUACAAGCCUUGUGACACCUGGAUACAACUCACAAAAGUACAGUGAUUGUGUGGUUUCCCAUCAUGGCCCAGCAGCUUCUUUCUCGUGCCCUAGUGUCCCCCAAAUGGCUCCUGGAUGCUCUUCGCCCCGGCUCUGCUCUCUCUGGAACGCUCCGUAUUCUGGAUGCCUCCUGGCAUCUGCCCAAGUCUGGACGAGAUGGGUGGAGGGAGUACAAGGAGCGGCAUAUACCGGGCUCCUACUUCUUUGAUAUUGACGCCUGCAGUGACCGCACCUCACCUUAUGAUCACAUGCUGCCCAGUGCCGACCGGUUUGCUGAAUAUGCCGGCCGGCUGGGAGUCUCAAACAGCAGUCACGUGGUGGUCUAUGAUGCCAGUGACUUUGGUUCCUUCAGUGCCCCCCGGCUCUGGUGGAUGUUCAGGGUGUUUGGACAUCCUCAUGUGUCAGUACUUGACGGGGGAUUGAAAGCCUGGCUGAGGGAGGGAUACCCGGUGAAAUCUGGCAAGGAACUUAAACCACAACUGGUAGAAUUCCGGGCACAACUGGACUCCUCUCAAGUAAUUGGGCAUGAAGAGAUUGAAGAGAAUAGAGAAAAAAAGAAGUUCCAGUUGGUUGAUGCCAGAGUAGAAGGGAGAUUCAGAGGCUUAGACCCAGAGCCCAGGGAAGGUAUUGAACCAGGGCAUAUACCUGGUGCUGUCAGCCUCCCUUUCCCCAGCUUGUUAACAGAAGAUGGCUAUGAGAAAUCUCCAGAUGAACUCCGACUUCUAUUCCAGGAGAAGGGCAUUGAUCUGUCUCGUCCAUUAGUAGCCACUUGCGGGUCUGGGGUUACCGCCUGCCAUAUUGCUUUGGCCUCUUUUCUCUGCGGCAAAGAAGACACAGCCAUCUAUGACGGUUCCUGGGUUGAGUGGUACAUGAGAGCCAAGCCUGAGGAUGUGGUGUCAGAAGGGAGAGGGAAGACCUUGUGAUGGUCUUCUGCAAUAGUGUGAAGAUCUCUGUAUAGACUUUAGUGGCUUACUUCAGUAUUUGCACAUUCCGCUGAGGGCAUAAGUGCCACCUCCUACUAAGUGCCAUGCUACCAGCCUUCCCCAUGCAGUGCCUUAUUUGCUUUUUAUAUUCCUAGUUAAGUGGUCAUGACUUAGUCUUCUCCAUGGACUGAGAUAUCCUUGUAGGAAGGCUGAAAUAUGUAAGGUCAUGAGCUGAGCGAAUUUGAUGCAAAACAUUGGUUGAGAGAUGUGCGAUUUUGUGUUCCUUAGCGGGGGGCCCCUGUUCAAGUGGGGAGAAAUCUCAUGGGUUAUGUUUAUGGGGUAGAUAAUCUGUCUGUGAACUUAAAAUUUACAGAAGGUACAAAAGAAGUGUUCUCAGAAGUGGUGGUUAUGUUUUCAGGUGUAUAAAAGGUGAGAUUACACUGGGGCACAUUUUUAUGUCAGUUUGUGAUGCCUAACAAUUAUAAAAUAAAAUAAUUAGAAGGCUAUAUGGUUAUUAAAUUAUCACUGACAAAUCUGAUUUAAUUGGGUGCUUGCGAAUUGUGUGCGUGGGGGAUGAUACGAAUCAGUAACUCAUUGUCAAAGGUGGGAGGGAGAGUCUUAAAAAUUACAUACUCAAAAUGUUGUGAGCCGUGUGAAAGAAAUACAUUUACACCCAUUUUUAUUUGCCUCAAGGUAAAAGCUGUUUAAAUAUCAACAAAUUGUUUUGUUCUUCCUACAAAUUCUCAUUGGCUGGCAGUUACUUCCAGAUAAUGCGGAUUGGCUGACUUACUUUCUGCUUAUGCUGAUUGGCUGACACAUACUUCUGCUCAUGCUCAUUGUACCCAUCAGUGUAGAUGAGUAUUAGCAGGAAGUGUGUGUCACCCAAUGAGCACGAGCAGGACAUAUCUGCCAGCCAAUCAGCAUUAGAUUUCAACAGCUAUAACUAAUUUGUUUUUUAGGGGAAAACAUUGUGUAAUUUGUUGCACUUUCAUAUAAAAUUAUAGAAUUUUUCUAGCACAGUGGGAAGUCGAAUCUCUUUUGCAAAAACACUAAAUUUGAUAUUUUCUGCUGAUUUUUCUUCUGUUGUCCUUUAAGAAAAAUGUAAGAUAUAUAUUUUUUUUUUUUUUUAUUAAACAUUAAAUCAAUUAACUGUCAGUUUCA